GCUCCCGUCAUCCUUCGGGCGGCGGCGGCGGCGGCGAGGUGAGGCGAGGUGAGGCGAGACGAGGUGGUCGGAGAGUGGUAGGGCCGGCGGCCGGUAGAGGUGUGAGGGAGGUGACAGACUGAGGGAGAGCCGGGCCGGUAGGGCCGCCGCCGCCGCCAUGCAGGAAAUCAUCGCAAGCGUGGAUCACAUUAAGUUCGACUUGGAGAUCGCGGUGGAGCAGCAGCUCGGGGCGCAGCCGCUGCCCUUCCCCGGCAUGGACAAGUCGGGGGCUGCUGUCUGUGAAUUCUUUUUGAAAGCUGCCUGCGGCAAAGGGGGCAUGUGCCCAUUCCGUCACAUCAGUGGUGAGAAGACGGUUGUGUGCAAACACUGGCUUCGGGGGUUAUGCAAGAAAGGGGACCAAUGCGAGUUCCUACACGAGUACGACAUGACCAAGAUGCCUGAGUGCUACUUCUACUCCAAAUUUGGGGAGUGCAGCAACAAGGAGUGCCCCUUCCUGCACAUCGACCCUGAGUCCAAGAUCAAGGACUGCCCUUGGUAUGACCGUGGCUUCUGUAAGCAUGGUCCCCUGUGUAGGCACCGGCACACGCGGAGAGUCAUCUGUGUGAAUUACCUCGUGGGAUUCUGCCCAGAGGGGCCCUCGUGUAAAUUUAUGCACCCUCGAUUUGAACUGCCAAUGGGAACCACCGAGCAGCCCCCACUGCCACAGCAGACGCAGCCUCCAGCAAAGCAAAGUAACAAUCCGCCAUUACAAAGGUCGUCCUCCUUGAUCCAGUUAACGAGUCAGAACUCUUCUCCCAACCAGCAGAGAGCCCCGCAGGUCAUCGGGGUCAUGCAGAGUCAAAACAGCAGCGCAGGCAACCGGGGACCCCGGCCGCUGGAGCAGGUCACCUGCUACAAGUGUGGUGAAAAAGGACACUACGCCAACAGAUGCACCAAAGGGCACUUGGCCUUUCUCAGUGGACAGUGACAGCAGCUGGAGCCAGCUCAGGGCAGCCCAAGAGGCCCCACUGUUAGGAGUGUGCAUUUAACUGUCUUGUGCAGUGCUGGUGCAGCUCUGGCUGAAGCCAUCCUCUGGGCACAUGGGGGUCAUUGUUCUGAGGGGUCAUGUCCGUUAGUCUAUCAUUUUGCUGUAAUCUUUUUGUAAAGAGGGACAUGUGCUCUAGUUGGGUCCCUCAAGCGGACAUCAUGUGUAUGUAGGCAUCAGUGGACUCCUGCAUACCUGCCCUCUGGGGAGGGGAAGGAGUUGCCAGGGAAGGGCUUGUGCUGCAGUUUUGUGUGAUUGUGUGAAAGCUGGCCUUUCCCCUUGUGGUCCCCUUGAAUACCAGUUCUUGGCAACCCUGGGGACUGGUGGGUCCUUCAAAGCUGUGGCCAGGUCAUGCCUACUUCUUUCCUGUCCUGCUGAAUCCUAAAGCUGUGCCUAUUGAUAUGAUUUGAACAAGGGAGCCCUGGUGGCAAUCCAGUGUCCACAAUGCCUUAGCCUGGUCCCAGGUAGGCAUGGUUGAGGAGGGUAUAGGGCUCUCAAAUUUGAGAUUCUCUUUUUCCUCUGAGUUUAAUUUCUCGUGGGACACCUGGCUGACAGUGUUAAAUGUAUACCUUGAGCUGGAGUUGCAGACCUUCAGAUAGAUAACCCAGUCCAUCUGAACCUACCUCCUGCCCAUCAAGUGUCUGUACUGUCACUCAGACACCUGUGGUCUGUGGAGGAGAUGGCCCUGUCCCUGAGCCUGGAAAAUGUGAAACUCACCUGCAAACUGCUAGGCAAAGUGGGCCUAUCCAAGUUAAAUUACAAGAACAAUUUUUAUAAAGUUGAUUAAAGCUUGUUUUUUAAGCUGUGUCUCAUUACUUAAGGGACUCCAUGCCAAGGAGAGAACUCUUAUGCUGGCUGCAUUAGCUGUGAAUUGGUGCUUGUCCCUUUCAACAAAUAUGAAUUUUAGAGGCAAAUGACACUGCCAGGAAAUGCCUUUGUAGGGGCAGCUAGUCAGGUCUGGGAGCUUGACCUUCACUCAACUCCAGAUCUUACAGGAUAUACUGGGUGCAGCAUCCCACCUCUGUACACUGUGCAGUAUGCUCAUCACACACCCCUCAGCAGAGAACUGGUAUUUGUCUUUGUCCCACCUGAGGCACUGGGGGCCCCGAGGAAGGCUAAGGAAGAGGAGUGCUGAAUGUAGAGGCAGUUUAGUGGCAGUAUGGACCAGAUCAGCCUUUCCCAUACCCCCAUACUGUGGAGCUUCCCACAGGUGAAGCCUUACCAGGAAGGUGAGACUACCUGCAGCCUGAGCAGCAACACUGCCUGAGAUCUCCAGAUAGUGAUGGGUCACCUCACCCUGUAGCCCUGUAGAACAAUAGCCAGAUAUUCAUGCCAUCAAAAAACCCCUUGCUAAGAGCUAAAUGACUACCAGGGGUGGAGUUCAGCAUCUUAGGAACACAACUCUUCUGAUGUAUACCAUAAAGCAGCAGCCAACAAAAGGACAGAAUGCAUUCAAAUGCUCAUGGCCACCUAUAAUGUUGACGGCAGGGGACAGACUUCUGGGCACUGCUGACAGAAGGUGCCAAUGACAUCCUGACAUCCCCACCCCCCCCAACCCCCAGU